AUGAAGUGCAAUGCCGUUUCAAAGGAAGCGGUUGUUAUCAUCUGCUAUCUCGUGGGUCACGAGAUGUUGCGAGAGAAAAUGACAACAACAAUGGCAGCCUCCAGGAUCUCUAGAAAACUUUUCAAUCUUUUACCAGUUUGUAAGAAAAGACAACAUAUAUCAAUUCAAUAUUUAAACUCACAGAUUUCAAACUCAACAAAUCACCGUUUUCUAUCAAGUUCCACACAAGAAAGUUAUGACAUUGUCAUUGUUGGAGGCGGUAUUGUCGGUAUGGCAACAGCAAGAGAAAUACUAGGACGACAUCCAAAUUUGUCAGUUGCAGUACUGGAAAAGGAAUCUAAAAUAUCCCCUCACCAGAGCGGACAUAACAGUGGAGUGAUACAUGCUGGUAUAUACUAUACACCUGGUAGUCUGAAGGCCAAGCUGUGUGUGGAGGGUGUAGAACUUCUGUAUAAAUACUGUGAUGAAAAUAAUGUGCCAUAUAAGAAGUGUGGUAAGCUGAUUGUGGCAGUCACACCAGAAGAAAUUCCAAGACUUGAGGGCCUAUUGAAAAGAGGAAAUGAAAACGGGGUCAAGGACUUAAAAAUGGUUGAAUCCCAUGAAAUUAAAGAAUAUGAACCGAACUGUGUAGGAUUGAAAGCCAUACACUCCCCUCAUACAGGGAUCAUUGAUUAUGCAGAAGUAACAAGAUCUUAUGGAAGGACAUUUGAGAAAGCAGGUGGUAAAAUCUAUACAAACUUUGAAGUGAAAUCUUUGGAUGUUACAAAAGAAAGUUCUCCAGAAUCAUCAAGUGGCAUCACACAUCCUGUUACUGUGAGGGGAGAUAACCAAGCAGUGCAGUGUAGAUAUGUUGUGACUUGUGGAGGACUACAUUCAGACAGACUGGCAGAACUAUCAGGAUGUAAUAGGGAACCAAGAAUAGUCCCAUUCAGGGGAGAUUACUUGUUACUAAAACAAGAAAAAUGUGAUCUUGUUAGAGGCAAUAUAUAUCCAGUACCAGACCCCAGAUUUCCUUUCCUUGGAGUUCAUUAUACACCAAGAAUGAAUGGAGAUGUGUGGUUAGGUCCCAAUGCUGUGUUGUCAUUUAAAAGAGAAGGAUACAAUUUAACAGAUUUUAAUUUGAAAGAUACAUUUGAUGCUUUAAGUUUUAGAGGUUUGAGAAAGCUUGCUUUAAGAAAUUUAGCUUUUGGUAUAAAAGAAAUGUAUCGUGGUUUUUAUAUUGGUGCAACAGUUAAACAGUUACAGAGAUAUGUACCAGAUCUUGCCAGGGAAGACGUCAUCAGGGGUCCAUCAGGUGUGAGAGCUCAAGCAUUAGAUAGAGAAGGACAGUUAGUAGAUGACUUUGUAUUUGACAGCGGUACAGGAGAUCUCGGCAGUAGGAUAUUACACGUAAGGAAUGCUCCGUCACCAGCAGCAACAUCGUCUCUGUCUAUAGCUAAUAUGGUUACAGAUAAAGUAGAACAGACAUUCCAAUUAUAGUAUUAGUCUGCUUUAGGAAUUAUGGUGCAAUAUCCAGCAAUUUUUUAUAUUAGUUCAUAGCCUGUGAUAAUUAUUUAAAUUUUUUAUGAUUAUUGUCUGUUUUUGAUAAUUCAUUCAAGGGGAGAUAAUUAUGUGACUGUAAUAUAAAAUAAUCCUUCAUUCAAGGGGCGAUAAUUAUGUGAUCAUAAUAUAAAGAAAAAAAACUGUUUUCCUAAAUUUGUCAAUUGUUGAUGCAUGUAAACCAAUUUUAAACUUUAGGUAGCAAUACACAGUUAGGAAAAAACCUUAAAAAUGACACUCAUAAUUUCUAACCACCUUUUUUCCCUUCCUUUUUAAUAAAUAAAACUUUAUAUUUGUGUUAUGCAUGUGUAUAUUUAUGGAAAGAGCAUCUUCCAUAGAUUUUAUUUCAAAUAGUUAUAAUGGUGAAAUAUAAUCUCUUUUUGGUGUAACCAUGGCAACAAUCUGCAUUUAUUUGAUACAAAAUAUUGCAAAAAGGGGGUGAACAUGCCACAAAAGUCUCAAAAUUUUGGUCCAAAGGAAAAUUCCAAUCCAUUAGAGUAAUACCUUUCCUGAAACCAUACACAUGUAUCUAUCAAAAGGUCAAAUAAAAUUUUAUAUGCAUUUCUGCUCGUUUUCCUUAAAAUUGAAUUGAAAAGAUCGAGGGUCAAAUCUUUGUUGAAAAUACUACACUAAUUUCUGGACCUAUGGAUGUGAAAAUACGGACUAUCAAACAGACAAAUGGCCUAUAAAACAUGCUAAAAACAAUCUAAAUGUUCAUAUAAACCCACUUGGAAGGCCAUAUUAUUCUUCAACUAUCUAAAAAUCAAUUUUAUUGUACAAAAACUUUCAUAUUUAAAAAAUUCACCAUGGCCAAAAUGCGAAACUAAACUUCUAACUGUGUAUUGCUACCUUAAAAUGUUAAAAAAGGCUGGUCAAGCAAAUAGUUGAGAUGUACAAAUGAUGACUUUAUUUAACAUCAAUCAUGUGAUUAUUUAUAGAAUAACUAAGCCUAGAAUUUAAAUAUAGAAAAAUAAUCAAUGAGCAAUAAAACAAGAUAUUUAUUCAUGAA